GACCCCUCCACCUGCCCUCCGCACUACGCAGUACCUUCGCCUCUCCCCUCGCAUCGUCCUCUCCUCCACCCUCUAUCUCGACGCCCGCCAUGUCCCCUGGCUAAACGCCCAUCCUUCCAUCUUCCACUCUGCCCUCGGCGAGCUCCGAGAUCGUCUCGUCAAGAAGCUGGAGAGGGAGGCCAAGGUCAUCACCAAGCACGGCCUGGGUAGCUCUCGAGGAGGUGGGCGAGGAGGCAAGAGGGGAGAAGCGCUAGGUGGAGGCUGGACGAAGCGUCUCUGGGGUGAAAUGAGCGGCAAUGAGCAGGUCGAUGUGGUUAGGAAGGGCGACUUUCAUCUUGCCUUUUUCUUCAAGAAGAUGAAUGCAGCGCACGGGGUGUUGUUGAAGGAGGUGGAGAAGACUUUUCCGAAGCAGAAAGCUACGACGAGCAGCGGCAGCAGCAGCAGCAGCAAGAGAAGACGUACUGAGGAUCCAGGGGUCGUGCGAUUGGAAGAGGAAGAAGAAGGCGCGGGCGGGAUUGAGGUCAAACCUGAUCCUGAGGAUGAGGAGGCAAAUGGACUAGGCGGCCUCCCUGCUCCUGGGCAAGGACUGGACAGCGAUAACGAUGAAGAAGACGACGAAGGCUUCACUAUGCAUCCCGGAGCCAUGUACGAGGACGAGGACACAAAGCCCAAGUUCAAGCUCAAGGUACGAUACAAUGGAUUCCAGAUGUAAGUCAAAGAUCACCGCGAGCAAAGCUACUCUCUCCCAUCAAGGCUGACCCAUCUCUCGCCAGCUUCCCCAAAUCCCUCACCUUGGUUCUCGAGCCCUCACCCUCUGCUCGUGCGCGCUCACCGCACCU